AUGGAGGCCGACUAUGCCAUGAAGAAGUUGAUGGAAGCCAAAAAUGGACGGUUGCGACAGCAGUUGUUUGGGCAGAAGCAGAACAGCCCACGGAGGGAAGGUGGCUCAGGCUCUCGCCACAUGACCUGUAAUGAUAUGCUUGAUGCCCUUGCAAAAGCCAACUGGACCGCGAACAUCAAGGUUGUUCACACCGAGGCUGCGAAAAAGUUCAGAGGAAUUCGGCAGGAACAUGACCAACGUGCAGCUGCAAAGGAGGCAACAAAAGCUGUCAAAACUGUGAUGACACUUGCUGCAAAGUGCAUCGCAGAUGCUCAAAAAGCAGCUAAGCGCGAGCUGGUGUUGGCUCGCAAGGCUGAAGAAGCAGCUGCAAAGAAAGCCACAGUCGAGGCAAAGUGUUCUGCAGCAGCAGCAGCCAAUGAAAAUGAAGAUUCACUUAAUCACGGCUCAGAAAAUCUCAACCUCAUCGAUGAUAACACCCUCAAACCUCUUCAGCCCUCAAAUAUCCGACCUCGCCCUCGUCCUCGACCCAUCCUGCACCGAGUGAACAACCCAUUGCCUGAUUUGCACCUCCAUGUUGUCCAGGUCCAGAGUCCCACCAAUGUUCAGAAAAGUGUCCUUGAUGGUGAGGAUGAUGCUCAUGCUGCAGCUGCAGCCAAUGCGGACUCUGUGAUUGUUGAUAAAGGGCAGCCUGUGUGA